AUUGCCUUAAAGAGAUAACCUGACUUGAGAUGUGCAUACAUACAACACGCCAGUUCAUAGUUCGUAAUUUAACGUAGAAUUGCGUCGCGUGUUGUGUUGAGUAGAAUAUUACAAAUUUAUCGUAUAUAAUACACUUCGUUGUAAUUUGUACAAUGUGUAAACUCGAAAUAUAUGAUGAUAUGUGACGACAUUUGAAGUAAGAUCAGUAAUUAGGCCAAAAUAUAUUGCAAAAGAGAAAUUCUUCGAUAGAUAAUAACCUUUAUUUUAAAACAAUGUAAUAUGUUUUAUGACGCAUCUUUGAAAUAAUCCGUAUAUUUAGACAUAUUUGACAAAUAUAAAUCAUCAAAUCUCACAUAAUUUAUCUAAACGACAUGAAGUAAUAUUUACAAGAAAUUAAAUUAAACUAAAAUCAAGCAUGAAUACAUUGUGAAGCAUACUCAAUUAAGUUUAUACAUAUGAAAAUGUUUCGAAGUCGUAGUUGGUUUGGAGGAGGCCUUUGGAAGCCAAAAAAUCCACAUUCAUUAGAGCACCUUAAGUACCUGUACAAUGUUCUGUCGAAGAAUCAAACAGUUUCUGAAAAUAAUAGAGGUUUAUUAGUAGAAACUCUUCGUUCAAUAGCUGAAAUUUUAAUAUGGGGUGAUCAGAACGAUAGUAGCGUCUUUGACUUCUUUUUAGAAAAGAACAUGCUUUCAUUCUUCUUGCGUAUUAUGAAGCAGAAAUGUGGAAGUUACGUAUGUGUUCAAUUACUUCAGACGCUCAAUAUCUUAUUUGAAAAUAUACGCAAUGAAACAUCUUUGUACUACCUACUAAGUAAUAACCAUGUAAAUAGUAUUAUUGUGCACAAAUUUGACUUCAGUGAUGAGGAGGUAAUGGCAUAUUACAUCAGUUUCUUAAAAACCUUAAGCUUGAAGUUAAAUACUCAUACCAUCCAUUUCUUCUAUAACGAGGUAAACGAGCAUACCAAUGACUUUCCUCUAUAUACGGAAGCCAUUAAGUUUUUCAAUCAUUCAGAGGGUAUGGUUCGUAUAGCAGUAAGAACUUUGACUUUAAAUGUAUAUCGUGUGGAAGAUGUGUCUAUGUUGGCAUUUAUAAGAGAUCGCACAGCAGCACCUUAUUUUAGUAAUCUUGUAUGGUUUAUUGGUAAUCAUAUUAUAGAAUUGGAUACGUGUGUCCGAAAUGAUGCAGAUCAUCAAAGUCAAAAUAGAUUAUCAGAUUUAGUGGCAGAACACUUGGAUCAUUUGCAUUAUUUAAAUGAUAUACUUUGCUUAAAUAUACCCGACCUUAACAAAGUACUUUCAGAACAUCUGUUGCAUAAAUUAUUAGUUCCACUAUAUGUAUAUUCUUUAAUGAAACAAAAAGAUCUUAUUUGUCAAAAUCAGGACGAAAGAAAAUAUGUCAGUGUGGUUGUGGCAUUAUUUUUACUUUCUCAAGUAUUUUUGAUUGUUUCUCACGGACCUCUUAUAUAUACUUUAGCAGCUGUGAUAUUUAAAUCUGAUUUGAAUAUGAUUCAGAUAGGAGUACGAAAAGUGAUUGAAACAUUUAGCGAUAUAUCAUCAAAUAAAUCAGUCGAAUUUUCACAGCCAAAAGAAACAUUAGAAAAAUCCUUAGAAAAUCUAAGUGAAUCAUUAACUAUUUCAGAAAGUCUUAAUGAUGAUGAUGAUGAUAAUAAUGUAGAAUUUACAAGUGAGACUGGAGAAACUAUAGAUGAAAAAUUACAAGAUUUAAAUAAACCUAGCACAUCACGUAUUCAUGUGUUGUCCUGUGAUACAUCUAUUAAGAGCUCUGAACAAUUAGAUAUGAAUAUUCCGACUGAAGAACUAGAAGACAUAAAACAUUUGAAUGUUACUGAUGAAGAAAAAGAACGUUUGGCACUAGAAAGUCCAUUAACACAGAGUCAAAUACAACAUAAUGCUCUUGAACUAUUAUCAAACAAACCAUUUUUAGAAACUAUACUGAAUUCCUUAUUUUGUACAGAAAAUGAUUAUGCUGCAUUAUUUGGACUGUGCUUACUUUAUGCAUUAGCCAAUAAUCAGGAUAUAAAUCGUGAAACAAUGAAUUUAGUUCUAUCUCUUUCACAGAAUGCAGAAACAAAGAAUUGGUACAAUGAUAUAUUAAUAGAUAGACUAAUUCACAUAAUCUCUCUAAGCUGUCAAAUAAAUGCUAAAGUGAGACUUGUUACAUUAGAAUUAACAAUCAAAUUGUUGACACAGUUAGUUUUAUCAGAAGGACAAAGUCUUCUAAAAGAUUCGCAUUUAGCAGCAAUUGAAGCAGCAAAAGAACAAAGUACAGCACUUUUGAGGAACUUUUAUAAGAAUGAAGAGAUAUUCUUGGAUAUGUUUGAGGACGAAUAUAACGAAAUUCAAAAAAGACCCUUAAAUGUAGAAUGGUUGAUGAUGGACAGUAACAUUUUGUUACCUCCUACGGGUACCCCAAUGACUGGUAUUGAAUUUAGCAAACGAUUACCAUGUGGUGAAGAGGAAAGAGCGCGUCGUGCGAUUAGAGUAUUUUUCUUAAUUCGGGAAUUAUCUUUCACUAUUAAUAUGGAAGAAGAAACACAGUUACCCUUAACAAAUCCAGAUAAAUGUGUAGAAGUUACCAACAAGCUUGAUCUAAAUAACAGUGACUUAAUAUCAUGUACAGUUAUAUGGAAAGAUGGACAAAAAAUCCAUUGGUUUUUGGUCGUUGAUGUAACACAAUUAAUUCUAGUUGAACCUGACACUACCAGGCUUGGGUGGGGCGUAGCAAAAUUAGUAGCCUUUUUACAGGAUAUUGAAGUAGCAGGUGACAAGGACGAUUCCAGAUAUUUGAAUUUAACUAUAUACAAGCCUUUGAGUAAUAGCACAGGCAAUAGAGUUCCGUUACUAUCAACUAAAUUUAUAUUUAGUGACCACAUUAGAUGUAUGGCCGCAAAACAAAGGUUAACCAAAGGUAAAAUAAAAGUACGACAAAGAAAGAUAAAUCAAAUUGCUCGAUUAUUGGAUAUACCAACAAGUAUACCUCAUUCGUCUACUCCCCCAAACUAUGCUUUACGUAAUAUGCGACAUGACCGUAUUCUUGGACGUGGACAAAGGCAGAAGGAUCAAUCAAGACCAAUGUUUACGGUAAAUAAAGUUCCAGGAUUCGCUGCACAAAUGCGCAGGGAACAGGUUCUUAGACCUGUUCUUGGUCUUCCAUCAACUAGUUGUAAGCGUGUUGAUAAUAACUCUAAUGAGAAGAUUCAUGAAAAUGGUUUACGAUCUAGAGAUAGUUCUCCAAAAAUGCCACGUCCACGUAGCGAAGAAAUACCUCUUGAGGAUAUGCGUAAUCGUAAAACAUCUUUAACGUCUAAUGGAGCAAGUGCAUCUCAUAUAUGUUUAGAGAAGAAAGAUAGUUGCAAUCCUGGUAGUUCAACUAAUAGUGAAUCUUCAUCUAUAAUUAGAAAACGUUCCGAAGAAACAUCGUUUACUUCUCCUCAAAAUAAAGAAAUUAAACCACGUAGAAAGGGUCAAGUGGAGACAGUGUAAUUAUAUAAGAAUAGAAUUAUUUUUAAAAAUUGGAAAAAGGAAAAUUUUUGUUAGGAAAUUAAUGAAAGAAGAAAAAUGUAUAUACAUUUUCGAAAUAGAAACAAAAUCCUCAAUCAAUUUAAUCUGUAACUAUUUGUAUGUCGUUCGAAAUUUUUCAAACUAUGUUUUUUCACAGUAUUUGGUAACUGAUAUUACAGGUAAUUACUACUGCCUCUUGUGUAAUUACAUACUUUACCAUUUGCAGUUACAAAAUAAACACUUGUAUAAAAAAUAGUAUAUUCGCGUUAAAUUUUAAUAAAUGAAUAUAUCGUGAUAAAUAUUUCUGUUACGUAAUUACAUAUUUUGUAGAUACGUUUUAUUCUUUAUACAAAUAUCAUAUUUAUUGUUUUUUUAAAUGUGAAUACUACUUCAUUAGUACAUAAAUUCUUGAAUAAUGUUUCUCAUAA